CAACAUAGUGAUUUAUAUUUGUCCAACAACCUGCACAAUAUCUUCUGCCUUUUUCCUCAUUUUAAAUUGUACGUUUUCCUUCUUCUUCCAGAUGCUGACAGCAACGAGGAAGGAGGGCCAGAAGACGGUCCUGUGGAGGAGGAAGGCUGGUUUGGGAAUGCUUCUGACACGCGCUCAGAGUCGUCAUCCUACGGAGACACCCAGGAUGAGCUCCUCCUGCCCAGGGGCUCCUCUCCUGAUGAGCGCCCUGGAGUCAGCUCAGGGUCUGGGGACCAUGAUACCUGCGAAGGUGAGAGCUCAAUGGGUUGCCCCACACCUGUCCAUCGUGCCUCUUUGGAACUUCUCGGACUGGAUGGAGGUGCAUUCUCGCCCCAGGACACGCUCUCGUCUGUGGUGUCAACACUCUACGGUGAGGCUGCAUCUCGUGCCCUGGGGAAACCCCUCAGCAGCAACCUACGGCGCCUCCUAGAGGCUGGGUCACUGAAACUUGACACAGGGGAGCUUCUGGGUCGUUCAUCCAGGGGUGGUGCUGGAGGGGAGUCACCACCGAUAGGUCUAGCUCCACCUUUGACCCUCUCCCCUUCUUCCCACCAUGCCCAGCAGUUAAGUGCUCUAGCCCGAAAACUGGCUAAUAACAACAACAACAGUGGCUCAGCCUCACCGGCCUCCUUGGCACCCUCAGUUACCAACAUUAAGCAAGAGCCCCUUGACCCCUUUAACUCUAUAACCCCAAGCAAUGGCAGUGGUUUCGUAUGGGCAGGUGUUGCAGAUAAAUGGCCACCAGCCAGCUGCUCCACACCCUGCGGAUCCAGCUUGUCCCCCGACUCUGCCAUUCAGAAGCUAAAAGCCGCAGCUAAUGCCGUACUUCAAGACAAAAAUGCCGUGGCUUCCUCCUCUACGAACUCCUCCUCCUCCUCCAACUCUGCCUCUUCUGCAGUGCCCACCCUAGGAGGAGGGAGUCGAGGAGAUGAUGUGGUGCGCUUUGAUGCCUUCAACUCUCCUUUCAGCCCACAGUCAGCUAGCUCCACCCUCGCAGCACUCUCCAAGAAAGUCAGCGAGCGGAGUCAAACCUCUUCAACGACCAGCACUGCUACUGAUCACCAAGCCUCAGCCAGCUCCUUCCUCUCUCUUGUGUCCAUGACCUCCUCAGCUGCCUUGCUCAAAGAGGUGGCAGCCAGGGCGGCAGGAAACCUGCUGGUAGAGAAAAAGGAUGGUUCCUCCUUAGCGUCAGCAGGGGUCCUCCAAGAGGAUGUGAAGCCCCUGCUGGACAGAAACCAGAAGACUCCCACACCCUCUACACCCACCCAAAGCCUAGAGCUGCUGUUGCCCUCAACUCCAAAGGUCAGAGGCAAACCCAACAGCCAAGCAGGCUCUCCUGAGGAUGGUGGCAAACCGUUCCAGUGUCCUGUCUGUGGACUGGUCAUCAAACGCAAAAGCUACUGGAAGAGACACAUGGUCAUCCACACAGGCUUGAAAAGUCACCAGUGUCCCUUGUGUCCCUUCCGCUGUGCUCGCAAAGACAAUCUCAAGUCCCACAUGAAGGUACAUCAGCACCAGGACCGGGGUGAGACGUUUCAGUGUGAACUGUGCCCCUUCACCUCCUCCCGUCACUUCAGCCUAAAGCUUCACAUGCGUUGCCACCAGCACUUCCCCCGCACAGACGUCAAGGUGAAAGAGGAGCUCACCACCGACACAGAGGGCGAGGGCUCCCUGAUGGGUGACAGUGGCUCCACAGACCUGCGAGGGUCAGAGGCGUCGCCACUGCACUCAGACACACAGCAGCAGACAUCCCCGCCGCUGCUCGAGGCCUCCUCAAAUCACGUUCACAUAAAGGAGGAGCCGCAGGAUCGAGAUCUGUCUGUUCUCUCCCCAUUUAGCAUGUGCAGGGACCGUCCUAGCAGCAGUACCAACUCCCUGGACCUGCCUGGGGUCGGGAUCAGAUCCAGUCCAAGUGGUCCAACCACAGCCUCCCUCUUCAGCCCUGACAUCAGUACCAAGACAGCCACUGACCUGCUUAUGAAGCUUUCAG